AUGAAGGCGCUCCGCAUCGCAGCGCCUGCGCGCGCCACCACUCUCUUCCGGGCCCCUCGCAGCGUGCAGCAGACCAGGUCAUUCUUCCCGAUCCCCUUUCCCGGGCUCGGCAGCUCUGCCUCCGCUGGCUCCGGCGCUUCGUCUACCCUCACGGCGACGCGCACGCUGCCCUACCCGAGCGCUGCCAUCUACAACAUCAUCGCCGACGUGUCGGCGUACCAGACCUUCCUUCCCUACUGCCAGCGCUCCGACGUGACCAAAUGGUCACGCCCGGACGCCGCCUCCGGCACGCGCUGGCCCGCCGAAGCCACGCUGGCCGUCGGCUGGGGCGGCAUCAGCGAGUCCUUCGCCUCCAAGAUCUACUGCGUGCCCGGCGAGAUCGUCGAGGCCGUGGGCGGCCGCUCGCGCACCCGCCUGCUGCCCGACCAGAUCGCCCACCACGACGUGCCCGCCGAGAACGAGGCCACGGACGGCCAGGGCGGCAUCCUCACCCACCUGCUCACCCGCUGGACCGUGACCCCUCUGCCCUACCACCCGCCGCGGGCCGCCGCCAAUCCCACCGAUCCGCCAAAGUCCGCGUCCGGCCAGGCUGCGAAGCAAACGCAGGUGUCGCUCGCCAUCGAGUUUGCCUUUGCCAAUCCCAUAUACAGCUCGAUGAUGACGACGGUGACGCCAAUGGUGGCUAACGUUAUGAUCGAAGCGUUUGAAAAGCGCGUCGAGAAGCUUUUGGAUGGCCCGGGCUUUGGGGGAACGAAACACAAGCUUCCGACUGAGGGUGUACUGAACUACAGCGGGCCAUUAAAGCGGUAG